AUGUCUGUCGUGGCACUCCCACUCUCACCACCCGGAACCUCGUCUCGGAAGGAGCGAGUGGCUGCUUUCUCGAUCCCACCAACGAGCACUCCAGAUGACUCGCCCGCAUCGACAGGCCCUCCUUCCAGUCUCGGUCUGAGAAAGAAGGUGAAUUUCUCACCCUGGGCAAAUGAACAUCAUCCUGUCAAAAUCGUGGACGGCGUGGUCGACACGGAAGUCCGAGUCCUUCCUCCGUCCCGCGAAUGUGCUGCGUCACACAAAUCAAUACUGAAGGCAAAUGUCCAGGAGAAUGGGUCAAGAGGUGGCCAAGACGGGCCGUCGGACGAGCCACAGUCGGUAGCAGAAGCCAUGGAGUCAAUCGUCCAACAACUGAUCAGGAAUGAUCACGUCGAGUGCGUCGAUGCGUACCAAACCCUCACGGCUGCGGUCAAAGCCUACGAUGAUUUACCAGAGCAGACUGUUCUGCGGAGUCAAUUGCAUCUGAUCACCAAGGCAAUGAAGCAGCAUCUCACUGUGCUAGACAGAUCUGACUACCAGCCUUCCGAUAUCAAUCUGGUCACGUCGGCUCUGAAGGUUCUCGUCAUACUGGUCUGGAACUCAGAUUUCUCACCCCAUCUGAGUGACACUUCAGACUCUUUGCACUCGACCGAGCCAUAUCCACAAUCGUCGAGCAUCGAGCACCCAAAGCAGUCAUCGUCCACUAUCUUCAUUUUCUGGCCACGCAGGAAUUCCGCCACAGUCUCCUAA